UUCUCUCUGUGUUCUGACGUGGCGCCGGACCGCCGCCAUGUUGUUUUGCUUCGUUGUCAGUGCGGAGCAGCGGCGGCGGCGGAGCGGCGGUUUUACCUGACAGUGUAUUUGACCCCCCGUGUCCCUGCGUUGCCAUGGCGACUUUCCCAGAGUACAUUGCUCAGAACGAGGAGCGUGACGGCGUGCGGUUCAGCUGGAACGUCUGGCCCUCCAGCCGGUUGGAGGCGACCCGGAUGGUGGUGCCGGUGGCGGCUCUCUUCACCCCCCUGAAGGAGAGACCGGACCUGCCCCCGAUCCAGUAUGAACCAGUUCUCUGCAGCCGGGCCACCUGCCGCGCCGUCCUCAACCCGCUCUGCCAGGUGGACUACAGAGCCAAACUGUGGGCCUGUAACUUCUGCUACCAGAGGAAUCAGUUUCCUCCGUCCUACGCUGGGAUCUCUGAGGUGAACCAACCUGCUGAGCUGCUGCCUCAGUUCUCCACCAUUGAGUAUGUGGUCCAGCGGGGUCCUCAGAUGCCCCUGGUCUUCCUGUAUGUGGUGGACACCUGUAUGGAAGACGAGGACCUGCAGGCUCUGAAGGAGUCUCUGCAGAUGUCCCUGUCUCUGCUGCCUCCCACCGCGCUGGUCGGACUCAUCACCUUCGGACGCAUGGUCCAGGUCCAUGAGCUCGGCUGUGAGGGGAUCUCCAAGAGCUACGUCUUCAGGGGGACCAAGGACCUGAACGCCAAGCAACUGCAGGAGAUGCUCGGUUUGACCAAACCUUCAGCCACACAGGGACGAGGACCUCAGACUGCCCAACAGCCUCUGUCCAACAGGUUCCUGCAGCCAGUGCAGAAGAUCGACAUGAACCUGACUGACCUGUUGGGGGAGCUGCAGCGUGACCCCUGGCCCGUCACUCAGGGGAAGAGGCCUCUACGCUCGCUGGGCGUCGCCAUGUCCAUCGCCGUUGGCCUGCUGGAGUGCACCUUCCCGAACACCGGCGCUCGGAUCAUGACAUUUAUCGGUGGCCCAGCAACACAGGGUCCCGGCAUGGUGGUGGGAGAUGAACUGAAGACGCCAAUCAGGUCCUGGCAUGACAUCGAGAAGGACAACGCCAAGUUCAUGAAGAAAGCCACCAAGCACUACGAGUCUCUGGCAAACCGAGCGUCCACCAACGGUCACAUCAUCGACAUCUAUGCCUGCGCCCUUGAUCAGACCGGCCUGCUGGAGAUGAAGUGCUGUGCCAACUACACUGGAGGCUACAUGGUGAUGGCGGACUCCUUCAAUACAUCUCUGUUUAAACAAACCUUCCAGAGAGUUUUCACCAAAGACGUCCAGGGAUCUUUUAAAAUGGCCUUCGCCGCCACUCUGGAGGUCAAGACGUCCAGGGAAAUCAAAGUGUCGGGGGCGAUUGGACCCUGUGUGUCUCUGAACGCUAAAGGACCCUGUGUCUCUGAGAAUGAGAUCGGUACCGGAGGAACAUGUCAGUGGAAGAUCUGCGGUUUGGAUCCCAGCACCACGUUGGCUCUUUACUUUGAGGUCGUCAACCAGCACAACGCUCCGAUCCCUCAGGGUGGCCGGGGGGCGAUCCAGUUCGUGACUCAGUACCAGCACUCAUCAGGACAGAGACGGAUCAGAGUCACCACCACCGCCAGGAACUGGGCUGAUGCUCAGACUCAGAUUCAGAGCAUCGCGGCGUCCUUCGAUCAGGAGGCGGCGGCCAUCUUGAUGGCGAGGCUGGCAGUGUACCGUGCGGAGACUGAGGAGGGGCCUGACGUCCUGCGGUGGUUGGACAGACAGCUCAUCAGACUGUGUCAGAAGUUUGGAGAUUAUCAUAAAGAUGACCCAAACUCCUUCAGGUUCUCCGAGACCUUCUCCCUCUACCCUCAGUUCAUGUUCCACCUGCGGCGCUCUCCGUUCCUUCAGGUGUUCAACAACAGUCCAGACGAGAGUUCGUAUUACAGACAUCAGUUCAACAGACAGGACCUGACCCAGGCUCUCAUCAUGAUCCAACCUGUGCUCUACGCCUAUUCAUUCAACGGACCACCUGAGCCCGUCCUGUUGGACAGCAGCAGCAUCCUGCCAGACCGAAUCCUUCUGAUGGACACCUUCUUCCAGAUCCUCAUUUACCAUGGAGAGACUGUAGCUCAGUGGAGGAAGGCUGGGUAUCAGGACAUGCCAGAGUAUGAAAACUUCAAACACCUGCUCCAGGCUCCAGUGGACGACGCCCAGGAGCUGCUGCACACUCGCUUCCCCAUGCCGAGAUACAUCGACACUGAGCACGGAGGCAGCCAGGCUCGUUUCCUGCUCUCCAAAGUGAACCCCUCCCAGACCCACAACAACAUGUACGCCUGGGGACAGGAGUCUGGAGCUCCCAUUCUGACAGACGACGUCAGUCUGCAGGUGUUCAUGGAUCACCUGAAGAAACUUGCUGUCUCCAGCGCUGCCUGAUCUCACCUGUCCUCAACUCACCUGCCUGCAUUAUGUUUACUGUUUUGUUUUGCAUUUGCUGCCUACAGUCACCUGUCAGCCAAUCAGCAGCAGCAUCUCAGAGCAGGAACAGCCAGUAGUGACGUUAGCUUCAAACCCUGCUGGGUUUUAGUUCUGUUGCGCAAAGUUAUAUUCUGACUUGUUAGAACUGACAUUUGAAGACAUGAAGAGAUGAAACGUGAGUCGUGAGUGGACAAAACUUCAUUUGAAAAAAAAAAACAGUCAUUAGUUUUACAUGUUUCAGCCACAUCACAGCUUCAGGUAAAACUGAUCCACUGACUAAAAUAAAGCAACAGUCAACAUUAACCACCUUUUUAUUGUGAAGGAUGACAGGAGGAACUGCUGCUCUUUAAUUUUCUGGCUCAACAAAUCGAUUUCAGAAAUCCACUGUUUUCCAUGAACUUCUGCAAGAUAGUGAACGCUGCUGUGAAGAUCAAGUCUGUGUUAGUAUUAUGUUGUUGAUAUGGUUGAAUUUUUCCCAGUAAGUCUGUAAAACUGGUUUAGAAGUCUAAAGCUGGACAGCAGACAUCUGAAUCAGUCAGAUGAUGUUAAACUUAUCGAGCUGGUUCAUACAGUAACAGACCAGUUGUGUUCCUGUUUGUCACCAGCAGGUGUCACGCUUUGCACAGGUUUGAGUUUCUCUCUGCUGAUGUUUACAUCUUUAAGUUGUUUUGAUUUUCCUUCAGUGGCUCAGAGUCUGUUCAUGUCUUUAUCCUGUCACUGAUGUGAGAUCAGAUCAUCUCUGCUGAAACGACACCAGUCAGACAAUCAACAAAGAAAAACAAGACUCUGAUGGAAACUUGGACUAACCCUAACCCUGAUCAUCAGGGACUUUUCAGUGUCUCUGUAGUAGCUCUGUUUGAAGCGUCGUCAGGUCAGUGAUGUUUGUACAAAGGUAGGGUUAGGGUUGGGUCAGGAUUAGGGUUGAGUCAGGGUUAGGGUUGGGUCAGGGUUAGGGUUGAGUCAGGGUUGGGGUUAGGGUUGCGUCAGGGUUCGGGUCAGGGUUAGGGUUGGGUCAGGGUUUGAGUUAGGGUUGGGGUUAGGGUUGGUCAGGGUUAGGGUUAGGAUUUGAGGGUUAGGGUUAGGGUUGGGUCAGGGUUUGAGUUAGGGUUGGGGUUAGGGUUGCGUUAGGGUUAGGGUUGGGGUUAGGGUUGGUCAGGGUUAGGGUUAGGGUUGGUCAGGGUUAGGGUUGGGUCAGGGUGGGUCAGGGUUAGGGUUGCGUCAGGGUUAGGGUUGGGUCAGGGUUAGGGUUGAGUCAGGGUUUGAGUUAGGGUUGGGGUUAGGGUUGGUCAGGGUUAGGGUUAGGAUUUGAGGGUUAGGGUUAGGGUUGAGUCAGGGUUUGAGUUAGGGUUGGGGUUAGGGUUGCGUCAGGGUUAGGGUUAGGGUUAGAGUUAGGGUUGGGGUUAGGGUUGCAUCAGGGUUAGGGUUGCGUCAGGGUUAGGGUUGGUCAGGGUUAGGGUUGGGUUAGGGUUGAGUCAGGGUUAGGGUCAGGGUUAGGGUUGGGGUUUCUAAACAGGUUGAUUUUCUGACUACAGUGAUUCAGCAGUGAUGAUCCUCUGUGCAGUAUGAAAACAAGUUUGUCCACUUGGUUUGUGCGAAGUCUCUGACCUGUGGAUGUUUGUUUGUUGAGUUUCUUUCAUUCGUUGAACACUAAAGAUGAGUUCCUGUUUUCCUUCAGUUCUCUCUUUAUUCUCAUGUUUCUAAUAAAACUCUGCUCUGGAAACGUU